AUGUUUACCGUCACCGUUCUCUUUCUGGUGGGGGUGAUCCUUUUUGCUCGUUCCCGCCUGGUCAGUACCGGUGAUGUAACGAUUCUGAUAAACGACGAUCCCUCUAAAGCAAUACAGGUACCUGCUGGGGGCAAAUUACUCAACACGCUUGCAAACAAAGGCAUAUUUCUGGCCAGCGCCUGCGGCGGCGGUGGCACCUGCGCACAAUGUCGGUGCCGGGUCAUUGAAGGCGGCGGCAGCAUACUGUCGACCGAAGAAGGUCAUUUUUCCCGUGGUGAAAUACGUGAGCACUGGCGCCUCAGCUGUCAGGUGGCUGUCAAACAGGACUUGAAGAUUGAGGUCCCGGAAGACGCCAUCGGUGUGCAGCGCUGGGAUUGUGAGGUUAUCUCUAACGAUAACGUUGCGACAUUUAUCAAAGAGCUGAAUCUGAAACUGCCCGAAGGCGCCGAUGUGGACUUCCAGGCCGGAGGUUACGUGCAGCUCGAAAUCCCACCUUACGAGAUGAAGUACUCUGAAAUCGACGUGGACGAGGAAUAUCACGGCGAUUGGGAUCGUUUCAAAGUCUGGGACAACUACAGCAAAGUUGACGAAGAAACCAUUCGCGCCUACUCCAUGGCCAAUUACCCCGAAGAAAAAGGCAUUCUCAAGUUCAAUAUUCGUGUGGCAAGCCCGCCACCUGGAAUGGAUGUACCAGCGGGUAAAAUGUCGUCUUAUGUGUUCAACCUGAAGCCUGGCGAUCACCUUACGGUGUUUGGUCCUUAUGGAGAGUUUUUUGUGCAGGAUACCCCUGCAGAAAAAAUCUGGAUUGGUGGCGGCGCAGGUAUGGCGCCGUUACGGUCGCAAAUUUUCGACGAACUGCUGCGCAAACACAGUACCACCAAGAUGAGCUACUGGUAUGGUGCUCGAUCACUCAGAGAGAUGUUUUAUACCGAAGAGAUAGACAAGCUGGCUGCGGAACACGAUAACUUUGAAUGGCAUGUCGCGCUUUCUGACCCGCUUCCGGAAGACGACUUCGAUGGCCAUGUCGGUUUUAUCCAUCAGGUGGUGCUGGAAAACUAUCUGAAAGACCACCCGGCUCCAGAAGACUGUGAAUACUAUCUGUGCGGACCACCGCCGAUGACAGCAGCAGUUCUACAGAUGUUGGAAGAACUGGGUGUAGAGCCGGAGAAUAUUCGCCUCGACGAUUUCGGCGGCUGA